CGCGGCGCCCGAAUCACCGUGACUCAUUCUGGAUGCGCGGGGAGGGGCACCAGAGGGCGGCGGGGGUGGCUGCAGAUGAGGCGCAGUGGGCCCCCGACGGCCGCCAAGGACGCAGCUCAACAGUAGCACCAUGGCUUACACGUUGGGCCAUCCCCGCGUCGCCCCUUUCAAACCACAGGUCGCCACCAAUGAGGCCCUUGCCAACCACACCAAAAUUUUGGCCAACGGAGCCGUUGGAAUCAACUUUCACGAACUAGCCGCCCCCAACCUGGCGAACUCGGCCGUGCUGCGCAUGUUAGAAGAGGAGGAAAGGGUCGGAGGAGGUGAGCAGUCGCCGACGACCAGGCGACGCUCGGCGUUGCGAGGCGUCGUCUGGCCGCCGACGCCCCCCACUUCGCCCCAAACGCGGCGCCGGCUCUUAGGGAGCAGAGCCGGCCCCACCGACUGGCCCCCGAGCCAGUCGCGCCUCGAUGAGCCGCCCACCGUGCCCACCCCCGUGAGGCUCGCCCAAGCAGCAGCCCCCGAGCAACAACCCUUUACGAAUUCGAACUCGACCCCGUUCAGAUCUGAAAGUCCCGCAGGUAUCAAAAGAGUGACCUGGCCCCCACCACCGCAGGAAUCGACCAUCGUCGCAACAACUUUUGAGCAGCCGCUUGAUUUCCCGAACCUCCAGGGAGACCUAGUGGCUCAUCCACCAGCCACCCUGCUCUACUCGCCACCGCCCCCGGGGGAGCCGGCUGUUCCCAUGGAGGCGCCGCCGCCAGCCAGCAACAGCACGUGCGUGUUCACGAUUCCGUCGGUGGCUGCUCCGUCGCCGCCUCCACCCGCCUCCAUCACGCUGCGUCAGGCUGCCCCCGUGUCUCAGCCGCCGCCCCCGGUGGUGCGUUCGCAGCCUGCCGUGCCGGAGGCGGCGUUCUCGCGACGCGGCGACACCAAGUGGCCUCCGCAGGCGGUCAAGGUCCAGCGAGAGGCCGAAAAGGCCCAGCAGGCCGAAAUCGCAAAGGGGCCCGCAUGCCGCCCCCGACGCCAGAGAAAGGAUUACACGUCCUUCUUCGAGCAGCACCGCCUCCUGCCCACUUAUUCGCACUACAGGGCACCCCCUGGCACCCAACACUACCCUGAAGGCCAGUGAAAAUCAUGAAGAAAAAUUCAAUAACUCUUUUGCGUCUAAAAAUUUAAAUCGUUUUGUAGAAAAUUUUACAAAUUAUUUUUUUCCAGGAUAAAAUGGAAAUUGUUCAAUUGCAGGCGAUUUUCCGAUUUAAAAUGCGUUAUGAUUUAAUUUUUUCAAUAUCAGAUUUACAUAAAUAAAACGUCUUUGAAAAUCACUUGCAUGGAAAGUCCUGCACUUAAUUAAUAAGAGAGCCGACGCACAUAUUCACUUUUGAAAUAAAUAAAUGUCUGCAAUAUAAAGUUACCCUGGUUCUAAUCUACAUUAUGUUAUUAAAUACCAACAAUCAUCAUCAAAGUUGGCUGUUAUGUAUAAUAUGUCAAAAAUACAUAAUUUAUAUAUGUGUUUAUUUUAAUUUAAAUAAAUAUUAAGUAACAGAAAUCUAUAUAUGAUCAAUGGAUAUUGCGCAAAACUGCAAAAGCUAUUUGUCUCGGCCUUGAAUUUCCGCUUCCGACCUGACCUGGAGAUCGAGAUUGCGUUUUUAAGACUAACCCUUCCAGAUAUUUGAGCUCCCUGCCGUCACAAAGAUCUUCCAGCUGAGGUCAGCAGGCGGAAAUUCAUGAAAUUAGUCAAUUUUGAUUCUUCUGUAAGCGCCAAGAUUUAAACUAAUAAACGCUUGACUUGCUUUAA